AUGAGCGCGACGUUGCUUGCAAAUGAAUUGGGGACUCUCGCAUCAGAGGCCAAGAGAAAGAAUGCAGAUCUACGAAAUGCGGCCGAAAAAUCGCUUUCAGAACUCAAGGCGCUGCCUGCGACAUCUGAGCAACAACUUGCAGCUGAUCUAAGCCGGCGACCCACGUUCAUUGAACCUUUUCUAAUAGCGUGCGGGACACGGAACCCCAAGUUCGCUGGCAGUGGGAUAGUCUCCUUGCAACGGMUUGUCAUAUCGAAAGGACUUCCCAAGGCACGCCUCCAAGAUGCUCUCGAGGCUUUCAACGCUUGCACGGACUUAGGCCUGGACAUCCAGCUUAAGAUUUUGCAAGCAUUGCCCUCCUUACUGCAGAACUACGACGCUGAAUUGGAGGGCGACCUCCUGAGUGCUGCACUGCGGAUAUGCUCCUCACUUCAGGCUGCGAAAGCUUCCACAGUCAGUGGCGUGGCAGCUGCGACAUUGCAGCAAUUGGUUACGACGGUGUUCGAAAAGGUAGCAACCGAGGACAGCCUUACCGCCACACAAACUACGACCAGUAAAGUAGAUGCCGGAAAUGGCAAAGAGGAGCAAAGAUCUGCGGCGUUCGAAGAUGCCUGUAGAGUGUUUCGUGAUCUCGCAUUGGCAGCAGACGAACGCAAGACGAAAUUUGUUCAAUUCACUGCGCUUUCGGCAGAGUCCAGCCUCGAGCUUAUAUUCUCGGCCCUCGAUGCCAACUCGGACAUGUUUGGCGCUCACGAAGAACUCUUGUCUAUUAUUGGUGCCAACAUCUUUCCAAUCAUCAUACGGACUUUGUCUGACCGGCUGCCAUUCUCCAUCACCGUUCGGUCUUUGCGGAUACUUAGCCUCAUCUUGAAUCGGCAUAUGACAAGCUUUCUUCGUGAUGUCGAAGUAGCUCUGGAUCUGUGCACUCAAGCUCUGGACCCGGAAAUAUCACCUGGAUGGAAGCGUGCUCUGGUGCUAGAAGUGCUUCGAGGAUUCUUCGCUGAUGGCAGCAAUUUGAUCGAAGCAUAUUCUGCGUAUGACGGGCGGGAGGGGGGCAAAACUAUUGUUCAAGAUCUGCUUUCCUCAUUCGUCCGACUCUCUUCAGAGAAGCCGUCUGCCAUUGGGCUUGGGCAGCAGUCGACUAUUCCCACGGGGCCAGCCUCUCCGACGGAAUCCAAUAACGACCAGGGAACCCUCGACGCAGCUGGAGGGAUGGCUGGCGUAUUUGGAUCAGCUCUUGGCGUGACAGAAGUCAGCAUUGCAGGAAUAAGUUCGCAGUGGAGCCUACCCAAGUCUCCUUAUUUGGAGCAGCUAGACAAGAGUGAUGCACCUGCUCUGCCCGACACAUACCUUUACGCAAUAGUAUUGGAGUGUCUGAACGGGUUCUCGAACAGCCUCGCCCGGACUGUGCUGCCUUUGACGGUACAAAAUGAAGCACACCGGUCUAAGAAUUCAAACCGCGCGACAUCUGUACCAAACUCAGAUUCUAGGCAGAGGGCGAGAUCCCUUUCAUUUAGGACUGGGGCUGUCCCCCUCAAUCCCCUUGAAGCUAAAGAGGCCCCAUAUGCUGCACGAGUUGCAGCUGUCGCUGGCAUCAUCGAGUCCUGCUGGCCAGCAGUACUGGCGACUGCUUCGACCUUCCUCAACGCUGCUCUUGAUGACGCAUACUUUCGUAACCUCAUCAAAGCCUACCAACGCUUUGCACAAGUUGCUGGUCUGCUGCGUUUAAGUACGCCGAGAGAUGCGAUGAUGACUACUCUUGCUAAAGCUGCAGUCCCGCCUCACAUUCUCAACGCAGCUGGUGGUGACUAUCCUCGGUCCCCUCAGGCAGAGAGCCCUCGAAUGUUCUCCAACCCGAGAUCGCUAUUAAGUGUCGACAGUCUGGUAUCUCAGACAACGUCGUUAUCUUUGGAGAACAAUAGACGACCUUCAGUGGAGCCAUUAAAGCCAAUGCUUUCAGUGCGCAAUCUACUUUGUCUCAGAGCGCUGUUGAAUCUGGCGAUAGCUCUCGGUCCAACUCUACACUCAGCGUUUGCCGUUGUGGUCAGUGCAUUGAAGCAGGCGGAUAUGGUUCUGAGUCGCACCACUCCGCAACAGAUCUCUCGACACCACAAAGAGAUGGACUCAGCAUCGGUCGUACAGACGUUCAGCGCCGAGGUUGCUGCUGUCGAAUCAGCAGCUUCACGGCUGCUAGAGAGCUCGGCAGACUACCCGAAUGAUGCAUUCCUGAACGUGCUUCAGACAUUCUGCAAAUUGCUGCACGGYAAGCGUGAGGAACCUGACUCUCCGGUGCCUUCAGCGGCAGACCCUACGCCUACUACGCCAAAGACACCCUUGCCCAGAGGCAGGACCUUCUCUGGAUUGCCAGGUAUUAGUACUUUCGCGGAGAUUCAUGCGAGAGACUACCAUUUCGUGAUACCCAAACUUGGAACCUUGGCAGAGCUCAACGUACCGCGCUUUGUGGACGAGCAGUCGACUGGUAGUGGCUGGGAAUGCAUUGUCGAUGAGCUCAUCUCCAUCGCGAGGACCAAUUCCACUCCUCGUGAUGCCCGCCGAAGCGCUACCAAUGUGUUGGUCAAAUUGGCCGAGGCUACCAUCGCUGAAGUAACCAAAGAGGACAUUGUAGAACGAGGGCUCGUUCAGCGCCGUGCAUUGGACGUUCUUCUACGUUUAGUUGACGAGAUCUACCUCGAAGAUGGUGAUAUCACACCUAACGAUAUGGAAGUUCAGAGUCAUGUCUUGAGCUCACUGCAGGCGAUUCUUGAGCGAUGUGGCGACUCUCUAGUCGCUGGAUGGGACAGAAUUAUUGCCAUCAUCAGCGUUGCCUUCGAAGGCGAAGAAAGUUCACUCCGAAAGAUGAAAGGGGAAGCAGUGAGCAUUGAUUGGAGACUCCGAACCUUCGACCUGGUCUCAAAGACCAUUGGAAAAGGCGCUUUUGGAGCAACGCAGCUCAUGUGCUCCGACUUCCUCGAUGCUCUACCGCCUGAUGCCAUCCCUGACCUCAUUGAACUCCUACACCGUUUCAUGUGCCAGGAAGAUGAUGUCAACGGCUCUUUGACUGCGAUCACCAUUGCGUGGAACAUGGCGGAGUGGCUGUUCAACAGGUUCUCGUCAGAAGAACUGGGAUGUUUCAUCGACGAGGCCAAAGAAUUCGACGAGCUUGAAGAAGACUUGUCAUCUAUGCUUCCCGCGUCUCAACCUGCGCAGUGGUUUUUCUUGCUGCUGCGUCUACGUGACGUUGCUGCAAAGCCCUUGAAAGAGAUUCGCAAUGCUGCAUACCAGACGAUCUUGAACGUCUUCAAGCUACAUGGAGACCGACUGUCGCCAGCUGCAUGGGACAUGCUUUUGCGAAACACGAUCUUCCACAUCUCGCGCGUCGACUCGUUCCUGUACUUGCAAGAAGAGGAAAAUCGUGCCAACGGUGCGCCAAGUUCUUCAACGAACCCACCAGAUGUUGAAAUGUCCAAGACCAUCAUCGCGGGAAAUUUUGACGUUGUCGCGCAGCACCUGGGGGUGAUAGAGCAGAUAGCAAAACUGCCUAGCCUUUGGGAAGUCUUUUUGAGCAUGCUAGAGCGCUACCUCGAUGUCGAGAACCAUCUGCUCAAUGCUGCCGUCUACACAGCUCUGUCAAGUGUGCUGUCUGGUAUCGAGCUCUCGUCAACGGCCUUCAAGGGUCCUACAUACAGGACCGUCUCACUCUGGUUGAAGCGUUUCCCCAACGUGUCAGAUGACGAUAAGAGCAAUCAGGACAAUCAGGAUGCAUACGUAGCUUAUGCGCAAGCCGGCGAGGAGAUAUAUCGCUUGACCGCUGACACCAUCAACACCUCGCAGACUCGGACCAUGAUCAACAAUCUUUACCAGUGUAUCAGGGAGUCUGACGGUCCACGCUAUGGUGCAGACACUGCAGCAAUGAGCCCCUUGCAGUCAAAGAUCCUACACUUGUUCAAGAGCAUGCGGGCGGAUCAACCAAAUAUUGCGGCUUGUCUUAUAACCGUCGCGGCAAAGCUGGCGACUCUCCAUCACGAAACAGCAGAUGAGCCUGCCUCGUCGAAAUUCCGUCCAACAUUCGUGGCGAUUUCGAGUGAGAGCACCAUGUGGUUGCAGGAAAUCAUUCUCCCGCACAUCGCCGAGGCAGAACUCCUCGAUUCUGGCGCUCUACUGCAGGCUGUCCAGAGCUUGCGAAGACUUGUGGAGAGCAAAUACACAUUCAGACUACAAUACAAGGGCCUCCCACUCUGGCAUCGAGCUACAACGAGUGCACUCGCUUUGGCGAAGCCCGUUCUGGAUCAGACCGAGCAGCACGAGAUUGACCAAAAUACAAGAGAAGAAUUAUGGGCUGAGUUUGUCGGAAUUAUUAGCGGCAUUGUCAAGGGCAACGAUGUGCAUUUGGUGGAGGACCUGGGCAGAGUACAUGACGAUCAGGUCUUUGAUAUUGCGAGCUUCCGGGCUUUGAGGGAAGUCCUCGUGCCACGCCUUGGAAGCACGGAUCUCUCAGCGAAGACACGAACAGUGUACACACGUGCGCUGUUUCAUGCUUCCCUGAUACAUCAACCCGAAGUUGGCGAGUUGCMGACUGGGGAAGAAUMUCCAUUGACGGAUAUUGUAAAGGUUCGAAGAGGUCGCGUCAAGAAAGUUCCGUUCUCACUACGGGAAGAUUUGGCCUACGUCUGCUGGCGAGAACUUGUAACGCUUUCCUCGAAGACCGAUGGGUCUCCCGAACGGGCGAGUCUUGCGCAAGCAGCGGCUCCUCUUUUGAUCCUCCGUCUCGCGAUCCCACUUCGCGCCUAUAUCGCCGACCAGCCACUGAGAGGGCAUAAACCUCAGCCGCUGUCCGAGCUAGAAGAGCUUCUCUUCAGCUUUGAGACGAUCAAAGAGCUGGAGCUGGGUGCAGAUGCUCUGAACGCAAAUCACGACGGGAAAAGGGCACAWUUGCCUUUGCUAUAUCCAUUGCUGGUGCAGGCUGUUGCUACUGCGGGUAAUAGAUGGUCCGGGUCCGAGGAGGUGCUGGGUCCGUUGAGCAAGGUGCUUGGUUGUGUAACUGCUGCUCCGUAG